GUGCAUUGUAAUUUGUAAACGGAAUUGAAAAUAAUAAAACCUGUUUUAUGUUUGAACAUUGAUGUAUUCCCGUUAAUUCAAGUACCAAAUCCUAACUGCAGCAAGCAUUUCUUAAUAACUCGUUUCUUUUCUGCCUCCUAUCUACCUAUUUGAUUUAAAACUUCUAAAAUAUGUAUUAUGUGAACUGUGAGGUGUGGUGCAGAUGUUAAGAUUAAUUUCAUACUAGUUAUAGAAUGCUAAUAUUAUCCUAAGAUGUUUCACAAGUGUAGAUUGUGUUUAAAAAUCGGCGACUUCUGCUCUAUUUUUGAAAAAGAUGAUAAUAUUAAACUUUCUGAUAUGGUAAUGGCAUUUGCUAAUGUAAAGAUACAUGAAGGCGAUGGGUUUUCUGAUCGUGUUUGCGCAUCGUGCAUAGAACAUUUAAGCACUUCAUAUUUAUUCAAACAACAAUGUGAACGAAUUGAUGCCUUACUCAGAAAGCAAGAAACUAAUAUAGACAAACAACCAACAACUGAUUUCAAUGAAUUUUGUGAAAAAGAAUUCCUUAUGCAUUCAACUUAUGCAUCUAUUGAAAGUGAAAAUGAUGACAGUUUAAAUAACGACAACUCCCAGAAUUCGUAUUACUCGGUCAGUGAUGAGACUGACAGUGAUAUUGAAUCUAUAAAAUGUGUAUAUUGCAGCCAGUCAUAUGGCAACGUUGGAGGCCAUAGGUGCCAUGUAACAUGCACUAUUGAAAAUAACGAACUACAACAUUCAAGUAGCAAUGAAACAUUAGUUGCUUCAGAUAUGAAGCAGCCCAUAAGACUUCCAGAACCAGUCACUUCCAACUUUCAAAUACCAGAAUAUAUGACGGUUUCAUGUGUGCUUUGUGAUGAAGUUUAUGACCAAUAUGAUGACUAUAUCAUACAUUUAAACAAAUGUACAACAAAUGUAAAACUUCAUCACUAUGUCUGUCCAGUUUGUCAUGAGCUAUUCACUGCUAAGUUAGCAUAUUUAGAACACCUUAGAGUCAUACAUUUUAAGGUUGAUAGUAAAUUAAACCAUAACAUGAGCGAAGGAACAUUCUACCAUGAUAUAAGCAACAACAGCAGCUUUAGUCAUAAUACAAGUGAUGGGGUGGAUUGCGUAGAUUUUGCUCCUAUGAUAGAAAAGACAAGUAAACCAAAAGCAGUCAGACGUCAAAUCGGAUGGUCUAUUGAAGAUAUAUAUCAAGAAAUUGAAUGUAAAAAGGUUGAUGUGAAACCUGCACACACAUCGAGUCCAAUUAAAAAUUUCUUUUCUAAGUUGGGAAAUGAGUCAUUUAGCAGACAGAGUACACCUAAAAAGGUAAGUUUUCGAAAGUUUAUUGAAAAUGGAAAAGCGAAGACUUCUGUUUAUAUACCAUUCCGGAAAAUAAUACAGAAUUAUAAAGACAAACGAAAGACUAGUUACAGUCCAAUUGUCAAUUCAAAAACUCAGGUUGUGAGUACAGUUCAAGCAACAUAUCCAGAAAUAGUGUCAGAUAGCGACUACGGAUCCCCGAGUGGAACUUCAGAGGACUCAUGGAAAAUGAAGCAAACUCUUAUAUGUGCUUGCGAUAAGAAAAUAUUUAUGCUGUCAGAAUUUAUUCAUGACCGCGAUAGAAUAACAGCGAUGAUAAAUGAGUUGGGUGGAGUGGUGGCUGCAAAUACAAAGAUGGAAAUGCUGGCAACACAUUUCAUAUCAGUAUUGCCAAAUGAUACAUUUACGGGGAUGAUGGUAUGCGCUUUAGCGACAGGCAAGUCGUUGCUACAUAUAAGCUUUGUCUAUGACAGUUUUAGAUGCAAGAAGUUUUUACAGGAAAGUAUGUAUGAAUGGCUAAAGCAUCCUAAAAUUGUUGAAAUAGACAAUACAAGCGUUGAGGUUGCGAAAGCAGCUAUCUUUUGGUAUAAUGAGCUUAAGAAAAAACCAACCAAAUUUCCAUUUGAGGGAAAACAGAUAGUGUUGAUAAUGAAGAAAAAAUAUAGGCAAUAUUACCAAAUGGUGUUUAAGACACUCAAAGCAAAGCCGGUCACAUAUGAUCCAAGAACACCUGGCAGCUGCUGUUCCGCAGACUAUUGCUUUGUGGACAUGAAGAUCAUAGAGCGUGUGAAAUUACGUUUUUUCUUCCAUCACAAUGUCCCAGUUUUCCCCUAUCAAUAUAUUUUAGUAUAUCUUUUGAAACGUGGCCGUGUUGAUGAUGAACACAAAUAUCUGCUGCAGGAUUGUAAAUUGAAGGAUGAUGACUAUUUUUUAAAUAGUACGUGUUGAUUGUAAACACUGAUUUUUAAUGCCGUAUAAUUCUCACAUUUCAUAAGUGUUGCUACUAAAAAAGUUCUCCACCCAAAAAGGGACAAAUUUGACCCAUUUUAG